UGGUUGUAGUAUUAUUAGUACACCCUCAACCCAUUCUUCAUUUCUUCCAUUUCCAUACUCAACUAGUUCUCUAACAUACUCCUAUUUACAACCAUUAAAAAGCUUCAUUUCUUCUACACCAAAUUAAACUCAAAAUAAUCAAAAAAAAUAACAAUGGAUCCAUGUCCAUUUGCAAGGUUGAUAAUAGAGUCAUUAGCACUACAACUUCCCAUGGGUAGUAAACCCUCAGCUGGAGCUGGGGUCCACCCUAGUUCAACUCCAUGUUAUUGUAAGAUCACAUUGAAGGGAUUUCCUUCUCAAACUGCACUUUUACCUCUUUGCUCUGGCGGAGAAAAUUCUCUGCCAGAGUCUGGUACAUGUGCCCCAGGGUUUCAUUUAGACCCUGUGGCCCUAAGGCGUAUGUCAGGUCGGCCUAUUUCGGUCCGAGUAUGUGUUUACUCGGGCCGAAUGGGACAAACCUGUGGAAUGAGCUCAGGAAAGUUGUUGGGGUCAGUGAAUUUGUGUGUUGAUCUUAAGGGAGCUGAGGCUAAUCCCAUUGUGUUCCAUUCUGGAUGGAUGAGACUUGGGAAAGAGGAAAAAAGAUCGGUUGAGAAAAAUACGGGAGAUCAUGCUAAGCUACAUUUGUCUGUGAGGACUGAACCGGAUCCCCGGUUUGUUUUUCAGUUUGGUGGUGAACCGGAGUGUAGCCCGGUUGUUUACCAAAUCCAAGGCAACAUUCGCCAGCCUGUAUUUAGUUGCAAAUUUAGUGCAGACCGGAAUUCCCGGUCACGGUCUCUUCCAGCGAAUUUCGCCAUAAGCAACAAUAACAGCAACAACAAUAGAAAAUGGAUGGUGAGAAGUCUCUCUGGAGACAAUUUAAAGCCAGCUAGGGAACGAAAAGGGUGGAUGAUAAUGAUCUAUGACCUUUCCGGAUCUCCGGUUGCAGCAGCAUCAGUAAUCACCCCUUUCGUUCCAUCUCCAGGGACAGAUCGAGUCUCUCGAUCAAACCCUGGAGCAUGGCUCAUUCUACGACCCCAUGGAUCCCAUGUUAAUAACUGGAAGCCAUGGGGUCGUCUUGAGGCUUGGCGCGAAAGAGGCCCAGUCGAUGGGUUAGGCUACAAGUUCGAGUUGGUCACUGAAAACGGACCAACUCGGACAGGCAUUCCAAUCGCUGAGGCCACAAUGAGCAUAAAAAAAGGAGGUCAAUUUUGCAUUGAUAAGCGUGAACCCAUUCCCGGAGAGGCCGGAAUGGUGAGAUCACCGGUUCGAGGCUUUGUGAUGGGUUCGACCGUGGAAGGUGAGGGUAAAGUAAGCAAGCCAUUGGUUCAAGUGGGCAUGCAGCAUGUUACGUGCAUGGCAGAUGCUGCAUUAUUUGUAGCACUUUCAGCUGCUAUUGAUCUUAGCAUGGAUGCUUGUCGAUUAUUCUCUCAAAAACUAAGGAAAGAACUUUGUUAUGAUGAUCAACAUGACCUUUUCACAUAGGAUCCAUCAUAACACAUUAUUAUUUCUUCUCCGUCAGCUGCAAUGACUGAAAACCAUGCGGGUAACGGUCGAGAUUGCGAUAAUGGUGACACAGUAACGAGAACUAUGCGUUUAUCCUAACGUCUAAAUAUUAGUCAAAAUAAAAAAGAUAUCCCUUAAUACAGCUCAAAAUGCCAUUUAAACCUUCACAACACGGAAAAUAUGGAUUCGUUGAUGCGGCCUUGUUUUUGUUUUUAUAUUAUGGUGACAACCAAUAUAACUUAGGCGAUUGACAUCGUUAAAUUAUUGGUUUGAGUUUCUUUUUGUUUUAAUUAUGAGGCUUGAUUUGUUCUUUGUUUUUUUGGUUGUUUUUUUCUUUCUUCUACGGAGGAUUUAGAAGAAUUGAGGGUUGCUAGCUGAUGGAGAAGAUUUUUAUUCCUUAGUGAUCACAGGUGGCUGGUUAAUUAUAUACUGUUAUAAUGUAAUCUGAUUGAUUGACAGUACUUGUACAGAAAGAGAGAAAUGUUGAUACUGGUUUUGUUAAUUUAAAGGGUUUUUGUAUUCUUUCAUUUCUUUACGCAUGAUUCUUUGUAGCUCAGCCUCAGCUAGCUAGGUCUUGAUUCAUUUCUUCUAUUAUUAAUGUUUUUAUGGUUAAUCAUUAUCUUACAAGUAGAAGUACAAUUCAUGUGUACAUGCAUUUUUAUAAGUAUAUAUAUGAUGUAAUAAGACCAAGAAAUCAGAUUGUGUAAUACUAUUGUCAUUGGAGUAGUUUUUAUUUGAUCAAUAUUUAUAUGACAAAAUACCAUUUGAAUCC